CGAACAGUUCUAUUUCACUGCUUCUCACACCAGCGAUGCUAACGUGGAGCCAAAGCUGCGCUGUAAACACUGACCGUUCCGGUAAAGGACGAACUCACAGAGCCGGGCGGAGUAUUACGCUCAACACGGUUUCCCAGAGACUAUGGGCUGAGGAGGAGCUCUGAGGAGAAAGGGGUUUGCUGCCAACGAUGAGUGGGUGCUCUGCAGUGAUAAUUUUAAACCUGAUUUGCUGCUGGAGGAGCUGGCCUUAAAUUCAGCAGGUUCAGACGGUGUCAAAGAAAACAAGGCAAAUGAUGGACAGGCACCAGGUGGAGCAUCUGCUGGAGGUACGCAGAAAGGAAAAAGCUCAGCCUGCGCAAAUGUCUACAGGUGAAACAUGAGGACCCAGCUGAGGCCCGAUCCACAUCAUCUCUGGGGAGAAGAAAGAGGAAACUACUUGAAAUUUGCUUCAGAGUUGUGAUAUUUCCUUAGAAAACAGCUGAAUGUACAGAAAUAUGCUAAUGACGUAGUGACUGUUUGAACCUUACUUACAUUUCCACAUUUCAUCCAAGAGCAGAACCGCAAAUAACGUCAAAGUUGAAGCAUUAGUCCUUUCUAAAUUCUGCACGGUGUAUGUUCAGAUUUAUAGUGUCAAUACUGCUUACUGGGUUACAGGUUAUAGCAUUUAAAUUUUACAAAAAGAAUUAUAUUUUAUGACAGAAAAGUGCCAUGGAAGAGACACGGUUUCUAAUAGCAUCACAAAUUUGCCCUUAAUAUUAAUUAACAGUAGUCAUGCUGUAACUGGAGUUUGCUUUAAGAGUAUGAAAUAUUUUGCUCUAAUGCACAAUUUCUCUCUUUUCUGUAAUUUAAGCGAUCUUCCAGCUCCUGUGGCAGUUUCCUCAGGUGUCGACUCUCCGACUCAGGAGCUAGAAUCCAUCCUGCAAGACCUGAUGGGUUUAGCAGAAGGGGAUAACUCAACAGCGCCACCACCACUUACACAAAAGCAGUCUGUGAAAAAGAAAACAGAAGGUGGACAACAGAACAAGGAGGGCAGCAGCGGCCCAGCAGGCUUAGAUCCAAAAACCUCGACCCAGAAAAAGAAAACAGAUACUAUAGAUGACCUGCUGGGAGGCCUGAGCUCUGACCUGGAGAAGAUCGGCGUCCGAACCACAGCCAAAGGCCACUGCGCUUCCUGCAACAAAUGCAUUGUGGGAAAGAUGAUCACAGCGCUGGGCCAAGUGUGGCACCCUGAACACUUUGUGUGCGCGGCGUGUAAAGCCGAGCUGAGCACUACGGGCUUCUUUGAGAGGGAUGGGCGGCCGUACUGCGACAAAGACUACCAUCAGCUCUUCUCCCCCAGAUGUGCGUACUGCAAGGGGCCAAUUCUGCAGAACAUCCUGACAGCUCUGGACCAGAACUGGCACCCGGAGCACUUCUUCUGUACGCACUGUGGAGGCCUGUUUGGACCAGAAGGGUUCCUGGAGAAGGAUGGGAAGCCGUAUUGUUGCAAGGACUUCUACCACCUCUUUGCUCCCAAGUGUUCGGGCUGUGGGGAGUCGGUGAGGGAGAACUACCUGACUGCAGCCAAUGGCACCUGGCAUCCAGAGUGCUUCGUCUGCGCGGACUGUCUGAAGCCCUUCACUGACGGCUGCUUCAUGGAGCUGGACGGUCGACCCCUCUGCUCGCUGCACUUCCACUCCAGGCAGGGAACUCUGUGCGGGGGCUGCGGGGAGCCCAUCGUCGGCCGCUGCAUCUCCGCUAUGGAUCGCAAGUUUCACCCCGAGCACUUUGUUUGCGCCUUCUGUCUGCGGCAGCUCAGCCAGGGCAUCUUCAAGGAGCAGAACGGGAAGCCGUACUGCUCGGCUUGUUUUAACAAACUCUUUGUGUGAGACGUUUACAAGAGAAACCUUUCAAAUGCUGCAUCGCUGUCACUGCUGAGCUUGUGAUUUUCUUCACGGUUUAAAUGAUGAAUUAAAAUGAACCAACUGUG